AUGUCAAGCUGGAUUCUAAAAGUUAUAAGCCAGGGCUACUCGCUCCAGUUUGCCAGAAGACCUCCGCGUUUUGGUGGGGUUAUUCAGACUUCGGUACAAGCGGACGACGCGCAUGUCCUCCGAACCGAGGUUUUAACUCUGUUGAGAAAAGGGGCUAUAGAAAUAGUUCCCUUCCCAGAGAGCGAGUCGGGCUUCUACAGCCGCUACUUCUUGGUUAUUGAAUCUUUCCCUCAUGAAGCGAAAGUUCAAAGUACUGACGCUGAAGCAGAUCCUCGCGCAGAGGUACUUUCGACAGACGCGUUCAACUCGGGUUGGGGCGCACUGUGCGAGGGCAGUCCGGUCUUCGGCUCGUGGACUCACAAGGAAAGCCACCUUCAGAUCAACUGCCUCGAGAUGCUGGCAGUGACACGAGCCCUCCAUGCUUUCCAGGCUUAUUUGACGGAUCGCCACGCCCUAGUCCAGUCGGACAGUCAUCAGGCGAAUCAGGGAAGACAAGCACAGAGUUCUGUUAGUGGCCCCACUUUGGAGGAGCCAGAUUUGGACCUCGGAGCUGUUCAGGCUUUCUACGACAGCUCCAUGGCCGAUCCCCCUGAGACGAGACCUUCUCUCUCAGGCGAACAGAACAAUCUGGCACCCGCAGCCGGAGUUUUGGGCUCUACAUCUGUGGAUCCUCGACGGGAGCUGUCUGACCUCCCGAGGAAUGUGCUAGAUACCAUUUCCCAUGCGAGAGCCCCGUCCACGAGACGCCUCUAUGCCCAGAAGUGGUCGGACUUUGUUAGCUGGUGUUCCACACGCAACAUAGACCCGGAUGAGUGCGAUGUAUCUUCUAUACUAACCUUCCUCCAGGAGCGUUUGGAAUUGGGGCGGGCCCCCUCCACGCUCAAGGUUUACGUAGCAGCCAUUGCAGCGUUUCACUCGCCCAUCGCUGGACAAUCAGUAGUGCAGAACGAUCUGGUUAUAAAGUUUUUGAGGGGUUCCAGGCGAUUGCAUCCUCCUCGACCCCUCACCGUUCCUCCCUGGGACCUUUCCUUGGUCCUCAGAGCUCUUAAAGGUCCUCCUUUUGAGCCACUGUGUCUAGCGGGCCUCAGGCCCUUAACGCUCAAAUCCGCCCUGCUACUGGCGUUGGCGUCGGUUAAGCGUGUUGGUAAUUUACAGGCACUCUCCGCGAGCACUGCAUGCCUUGAAUUCUGGCCAAACGACUCUAUGGUCGUUCUGAAACCGAGGGUUGGCUACGUCCCCAAGAAAAGAAGAGCAGAUAAAUCGACAACCUGCUCUCAGUGUGGAAAAAGUUUCACACACAAACAAAGUCUUGAGAUUCACAUGAGAGUUCAUACUGGAGAGAAGCCAUUCACAUGUGAUCAAUGUGGGAAGAGCUUCAAUCAUUCCUCAAACUUUAAUGCUCACAUGAGGAUCCACACUGGAGAGAAGCCGUUCACAUGUGAUCAAUGUGGUAAAACAUUUACUCAGUCAGUAAACCUGAAGGCACACCUGACAGUUCAUACGAAGGAGAAGCCACAUUCAUGUUCUGUGUGUGAAAAGAGUUUUUCACGGCUGUGUAGUUUAUAUAAACAUAAGAAAACGCACACUGGUGUGAGAGAGUUCAUGUGCUUUGAGUGUGAGAAGACUUUUAUUACAGCUGAACAUUUAAAACCGCACCAGAGGAUUCACACUGGAGAAAAACCUUACAAGUGUUCACACUGUGACAAGAGAUUCAGUCAGUCAUCAGAUCUGAAAAAACAUGAGAGGAUUCACACUGGAGAAAAACCUUACAAGUGUUCACACUGUGACCAGAGAUUCAAUCAGAUAGCAUCUCUGAAAAGACAUGAGAGGAUCCACACUGGAGAAAAACCUUACAAGUGUUCACACUGUGACAAGAGAUUCAGUCAGUCACCACAUCUGAAAACACAUGAGAUGAUCCACACUAGAGAGAAGCCGCACAUGUGUGAUCAGUGUGGAAAGAGUUUCACUAUUAAAAGUCACCUGAAGAAACACAUGAAGAUCCAUGCAGUGGAGAAACAACAUCACUACAGUCUGAGAUCACAUUCAUUUUAUGUCCUUUUCAUAUUUCUUUUAUUACUGUUAUUUUUAUUUACUGAAAAUGAAAUUAAUUUUUUUUCUUUGAUUUCAGAUCUGAUGGAAGAGAGCGAGGAGAGUGAAGAACUGAGUGAAGUGGAGGAGAAACAUCAUGACAAACCUGGAGAAAAACCUUUGAGUCGCUCAAAGACUAAAAAGACAUUUUUAAAGAAAAGAAGAGCCAAGAAAUCUGCAACCUGCACUCAGUGUGGAAAGAGUUUCACACAGAAAAGUCAUCUUGAUGUUCACAUGAGAGUUCAUACUGGAGAGAAGCCAUUCACAUGUGAUCAAUGUGGGAAGAGCUUCAAUCAAUCAUCAAACUUUAAUGUUCACAUGAGGAUCCACACUGGAGAGAAGCUGUUCAUAUGUGAUCAUUGUGGCAAAACAUUUAUUGGCUCAAUAAACCUGAAGAGACACCUUAGAGUUCAUACGAAGGAGAAGCCACAUUCAUGUUCUGUGUGUGGAAAGAGUUUUUCACAGCUGUGUAGUUUACAUAAACAUGAGAAAACACACACUGGUGUGAGAGAGUACAUGUGCUUUGAGUGUGAGAAGACUUUUACUACAGCUGACCAUUUAAAACGGCACCAGAGAAUUCACACUGGAGAAAAACCUUAUAAGUGUUCACACUGUGACAAGAGAUUCAGUCAGUCAUCAGAUCUGAAAACACACAAGAGGUUCCACACUGGAGAGAAGCCGCACACAUGUGAUCAGUGUGGAAAGAGUUUCACUUUAAAAAGUCACCUGAAGCGACACAUGAAGAUCCAUGCAGUGGAGAAACCAGAUCACCACAGUCUGAGAUCACAAACCACCAGAAAGCAUCUGGAAGGAGAGGACAGAGAGAUCCAGUGAUCCAGAACCUGUAGAUGAAACUUCACGAUACUGAAGAACAAAGAGGUUGUGUCAAUGAGUGACAAAGAAACAUCAUCCAAAGUUUAUCUUCAGCAGUUUGUGUUCAUGUACCUAAUGCUUUUGUAUCACUCAGUUCUCUUUUAAAAAGGGAACUAGUAUUUGUUUUUGUUUCUUGUGCUCAUAUUCAGAGAGCUGAAGAAGAGGCAUAGAAAGACAAUCUGAUAUUUUUUUUUUGUAUCAUUCUUUAUUGUUUUUUAUUAAAACAUCUAGUUUCUCUUCCACUUUUACUCUUCCAUUCAAGUGUAAGAUAUACUUUCAUAUAACUUUGAAACUGGACACUUUGGUUAGGGUUAGGGUCUCUUCUACUAAUGCAUAAUAAAUCAUAU